AUGACAAGAAUUCAUGCAGCAAUCCAAAUGACCGUCACUACCCAGACACCGGAAACCCUAAGCAGCCAGAAAACCCGGCUUCUGGCCCGCCAAAAUACCAUCACCAACACAGCCGGCUACUCCGGGACCAACCUGCAAGCCAACCUCCUCAUUCUGCCCGAGAAAUACAGCCAGGACUUCCAUAACCUCUGCCUCCGCAACCCCGUAGCCUGCCCACUGUUAGGGAUCAGCAGCAUCCCGGGAAACCCCCACAAAAUCUCCCCAACACCAUGCAUCCGUAACAGCGACUUUGACAUCCGCACCGACUGUCCUGCAUACCGAGUGUACAAGCACGGGAAAUGCAUCGCGGCCAACAAACGUGAUCUUCUGGACCUAUGGUCUACGAAUGAUGACGAACAACAAAGUUCAGAGAACUACACAGCCUUCCUCCUAGGCUGCUCCUACAGCUUCGAAGCGGCUCUCUGCAAUGCCACCCCGCCCCUAACCCCAAGACACCAAGUAACCAACACCCUCGUGCCAAUGUAUCGCACCUCUCUGCCUCUCUCGCCUGCAGGGAUCUUCACCAACACAACAUGUACCGUGUCGAUGCGCCCAUACCACGAAUCAGAGGUCGAGCGGGUGCGGGACAUCACGCGCCCGUAUCUGGCCACGCACGGGGAGCCGAUUGCUUGGGGCUGGGAUGCGGUGAAGCGCUUGGGCAUUCGGGAUAUUCAUGAUCCGGAUUUUGGGGAUAAGGUUGAGUUUGGGGAGGGGGAGGUGCCUGUCUUUUGGGCGUGUGGAGUGACGCCACAGAUGGCGGUCGAGGCAGCCGGGGAGAAGAUUGAUGGGUUGGUGUUUGCGCAUGAGCCGGGACAUAUGCUGGUUACGGAUUGGGUGGUGGAGGAUCUGGAGAGGUUGAAGGAGGGGAUCGCGGCUUUCCGAGCAAAGAUCUGA